AUGACUGUCACCUCUUUUGCCUCCAACCUUACCAAGGUUGCCCGUGUUCACAACCCCAACUACAAGCCGAACGGCACCAAGUCCUAUGUUUACCUCUUGAACAAGUACAAGUUCAACCCUACCAAGGAGGGUCCGUAUUACCUUGGCAACAGGGUUGAGCAACAAGGAAAGCAUGGCGAACAGAAGACCGUGGGCGGUCAUGCUCGUGUCCACCGCGGUGUUGUCUUGAAGCGCGUCUCUGAUUCUGCUCAGGCUGGUGAGGUCACCGCCGAGGAUCAGCAGAAUGACAGCAUGUACCUUGCUCCCGUAAACAUCGGAACCCCUGCUCAGAAGUUUAUGCUCGACUUUGACACUGGUUCCGCCGACCUCUGGGUCUGGUCGAAUGAGUUGCCUGCUUCUACCCAGUCGCAAGGCUCCCACACCAUCUACAACCCUUCCAAGUCGAGCACAUACAAGAAAUUGAGUGGCUAUUCAUGGAAGAUUGAGUACGGUGAUCAAUCCUCUGCUUCUGGGACUGUGGGCACCGACAAUGUCACCUUGGGCGGUUUGACCAUUAAGAACCAGGCGGUUGAGCUGGCCAAGUCUCUCUCUGCCCAAUUUGCCCAGGGCUCUGGUGAUGGCUUGCUUGGUCUCGCCUUUGGCUCCAUCAACACGGUGAAGCCCAAGCAAGAGCAGACCCCGGUUGAGAAUAUGAUUUCUCAACAAGAUAUUCCCCAGUCUGCGGAACUCUUCACUGCCAAGCUCACUUCGUACAAGGACAAUGACGAGUCCUUUUACACCUUUGGUUAUAUUGACCAGCCCACCGUGGAGGCUACCGGCCAGCAAAUCUCCUAUACGCCCGUGGAUAAUUCUCAGGGCUUUUGGCAGUUUUCCUCCGAGUCGGCUUCUGUAAAUGGUCAGAGCAUUAGCCGGAGCGGUAACUCUGCCAUUGCGGACACGGGUACCACCCUGGCCCUUGUCGAUGAUAACACUGUCGAGGCCAUUUAUAAUGCCAUUCCCGGGUCAAAGUAUGACUCGCAGCAGCAAGGCUAUCUCUUUCCCAGCAACACCAGCACCGACGACCUUCCAGUCGUUACUUUUGCCGUUGGCGGUCAGCAAUUUGCUGUGAGGAAGGAGGACCUUGGUUUCGCUGACGCUGGCAAUGGCUACGUCUAUGGCGGUAUCCAAUCUCGUGGAGACAUGACCUUUGACAUUCUCGGAGAUGUUUUCCUCAAGGGCAUUUACGCUGUUUUUGACCAGGGCAACCAGCGCUUUGGAGCAGUCUCCCGUGCGGGUAAUCAGACCAAUGGCAGCACCUCUUAA